CAAUAACAACUUAGAGACAUCCACUAAAACAUUUCCCUGUGCGCUGGAAAGAGCAAAAGAAGAAUAGAAUUGAAGUGAAGCUUCAUUCCAUGAUGAAAAGCCUCCUCAUCUUCAUUCUCUCUCUAAUAUCAGGUCCAGUGGGCUGUGUUGUGACUGGAUACUCAGGAGGAAGCAUCAUUAUAAUCUCUGAUCUAAAAUGGGAUCUGAGAUUUAUUAGAUAUUUUUGUAAGAAAGAAAGCAUAUUAUGUACACAUACUGACACCAGAAAGAAUUCUGUUCAAGAUGGAAGAUUCACGCUGUAUAAAAACAGAGAAGGAUUUGUGACAGUUUUAAUCAGGGGUCUUGAGCCACAGGAUGCUGGAACAUACAGAAUGGGAGUAGGGAUUCAGAUGAACACUGAUGUGAAACUGACAGUUAUUUAUGAUUCUUGUUGUCCUGGGCGAAAAACAAUGCAUGCUUUUCCUGGACAGAAUAUCAGCAUCAUCUCUAACUAUCCUGUGGUAUACGACAGAGACUACAAGUAUAUCAUGAAACUUGACAAUGGCAGUGUUUUAAAUGACAUUCUAGAUACUGACACCCAAUCCCAGAACAACAGAUUCUCCAUUUCUGAUGACAGAAAUGCUAAAGUUCUCGGUCUGAGCAUCAGUAAUGUGACAGAAGCUGAUGGUGGAGUUUAUUUAUGUGGAGUCUACAACAGAAUGAACUCAGUAGAGUAUUUUUCCUUCUUCACAGAGAUUCAGCUGCAUGUUAGAGCCAAAUCAUGGACAGAAAUCUCAUCUGAUAGAAAGAAUUUCACCGAAGCACCGAUAGAAAUCUCAUCUGAGAGUGCAUAUUUCAGUUCCCCUUUUAUCAUCAUCAUCAUCAUCCUCAUCAUCAGUGUGUGUGUCUGUGUGAUUGGAGGAUUUACACUGCUGAUGAUCUACAAACUGAGACAGAAACAAACCCAAGGUUCAAGACGUUCAUCCCAAGACAAUGGACAUGCUUCUCCUGUUUAUGAGAAUGACCUGCCUAAUUUACCACCAUAUGAAAACUUGAACAUGAAAAUGAGAUCCAAUCAUCAGAAUCUGGAUUCAUCUACAAAUCAGUCAGAUUCAACAUACCAGACACUGGACCCACUCACCAACCAAUCAGAUUCAGGCUACAUGUCUCUGAGUAACACAACCAACCAAUCACAUUCACACUAUCAGUGCCUGAAUCCAAGAACUCAGGUGAACUCAGUUUACCAGACCCUUCAGUCUUAAUGCUUUAUUUUUGUAUUCUUUUUAUUAUGGUGUAAGGUUAUUAAUUAAAAUGUAGUUGUUGGCAAAUUGCUAUGAUAUAGGUUUGAGCAUGUUGUUAUUAGAAAAUCGUUACCUCAGGGUGGUAAUAAUUACACCCUAUAAUUUAUUAUUUUUCAAUAACAGUACCCUUCAUUGAUUUUUAUUUUAUACUUAACAAAUUGUUUUUAUGUUAUCAAUGUAACCUGUAAAAUGUUAUGUAAUGCAAAAAAAAAAAAUGCUAUAUGUGAAGAUUGUAACACCUGAGUGAGGGUAAAUAUCAGUAUUAUGAGUGUAUUUGCAUAUGUUGUGAAAUUUGAUUGCAAAUUUGAAUAAUAACAAACUGUGAAUCAUUGUUUAGUUCAGUAAUCGAGGUUCACAGUGAACAGUUACAUCCAAAGCAUUGCUUUUAGUGCUUCAUCAUAGGGCAGUGUUGUUAUAUUACUGAAAAACAGCAGAAGGGAUUUCAUGCAUAAUCAGCAUGUUUCACAAUGAAUAAAUAAAUAAAUAAGUGACUUACUUACAUGUCUCUGUAAGUUCAACUCUACUAGAAUGAGUGACACUAGUAAAGAAGAAUAGUUUCAUUAAGUCAGAAAUGCUAAGCAAUAAACAGAAUGAAUAAAUGAAGAGAGCUAAAAAUUAAAGAUAACCUGUAAUGCCAUAUGCUGUAGAUGGUCUACUUGACAUCUCUUGACAUCACGCAGCUAUCUAUAAAUGGCUAAGGAUUACAGAUGUGGAC